UUUCUGCGGGCCAAGCAAGUGGCUGCAGGCUCUGCGGAGCGGAGCUACUUGUGACCUGUUUCUGAAACCUUCAUCCUGUGUUAUGAAGGUUGACGGGAGUGUGUUGGGGGUGCAGAUUGAGCGAAUGGGCGUGGCGAGAGGAGAAAGGUCGCCUCGGGGAGCAGGGUCACGAUCUCUGCCCCAGGCAGGCGGGGCGGGUGUAACUUGGUGUUAGGGAUUACGCGCCGGAUGCGGGAGGAAGAGGGACUCAACUCUGAGCAGGAAGAGGGCCACGUCCUUAAUUAAAGCAGGAAACCCAAAAGAGAGGAGCAGGGUCUUGGGAGGGGAGAAGCAAGGACGAAUCACUUCGUUCUCUGUUGGACCUCGCGGUGGAGAUAUCCAAUAAGCAGCAGGAAGUAUGGAUCUGGCACUCAGGAACAAGCGCCGGUCUAGGUGCCCCCAAAGACUGGGAAUGCUCGGAUCCGAGAUGACAGCAACGGCUCGGCCCUCUUCUUGACUCAGGUGUAAUAUCCUCCGCUUCCUGUAACACAAUUUGUGGAGUCUGACGGCCUGCGGGCAUGCCGCUGGGGGCCGGGGUGGGCGAGGGACGAACGCCGCAGUCGUAGCGGAGAAGCGCAGGAGGGAGGAUUUCCCGGAUUCGUGUCCGUUUUGGAGGCCCAGGCGGCCCGCCCGGCGUGCACCCGUGCGGGCCAGACCCCGGGACAGACUCAGGGGUUAUCACCCGUCUGCCCUAGAGCCCCGCGGCCGCCGCCGGCCGCUCGGGGGGAAAAGACCUCAGCCGGCCCCCGGCCCGCCAAUCAGCGCGGUCCUCCCGCCCUGGCGCUCCAGUGACGCGCACACCCCAGCCUACGCCCGCGGCGCUUUGGCGACGGCCCCUCCCGCUCUCGCCCGGCCCGUUAACUGCGCGCCGCGCCUCUUGUGCGACGACCCCUGGGCGGCGGCGCGUGCGGACCCAGCCUUGGCACGCCCCCUGGCGGCCUGGCGGGGCGCUGCGGACGCGUCGCUGACCCGGAGGCGGCGGCGGCGGUGCCCGGAUGGAGGCACGUCAUUGUCCCCCGCCGGGCGGCUGGGCUGUGUGCGGCGGCGGCGGCGGCGGCGGCGGCGGCCGAGGGGGAUGGAGCGAGCGCCGAGCCGGGUCAGAGUUGAACAAUGACCAUAGUUGACAAAGCUUCUGAAUCUUCAGACCUGUCGUCCUAUCAGAACCAGCCCGGCAGCUCUGGGGCGGUCUCACCUGGAGACAUGGAUGCAGGGCCUGCCAGCUGGGGUGCUGUGUCUGCAUUAAACGAUGUUUCAAAUCACGCACUUUCUCUAGGACCAGUACCUGGUGCUGUGGUUUAUUCAAGUUCAUCUGUACCUGAUAAAUCAAAACCAUCACCACAGAAGGAUCAAGCCCUAGGUGAUGGCAUUGCUCCUCCACAAAAAGUUCUUUUCCCAUCUGAGAAGAUUUGUCUGAAGUGGCAGCAAACGCACAGGGUCGGAGCCGGGCUCCAGAACCUGGGCAACACCUGCUUCGCCAACGCGGCGCUGCAGUGCUUGACCUACACGCCCCCACUCGCCAAUUACAUGCUAUCGCACGAGCACUCCAAGACAUGUCACGCAGAAGGGUUUUGUAUGAUGUGCACCAUGCAAGCGCACAUCACCCAGGCCCUCAGCAACCCCGGGGACGUCAUUAAGCCGGUGUUUGUCAUUAACGAGAUGCGGCGUAUAGCUAGGCACUUCCGGUUUGGAAACCAAGAAGAUGCCCACGAAUUCCUUCAGUACACUGUUGAUGCUAUGCAAAAAGCGUGCUUGAACGGCAGCAAUAAGUUGGACCGACACACCCAAGCCACCACACUCGUUUGCCAGAUAUUUGGAGGAUAUCUAAGGUCUCGAGUCAAAUGUUUAAACUGCAAAGGUGUUUCAGACACUUUUGAUCCAUAUCUCGAUAUAACAUUGGAGAUAAAGGCCGCGCAGAGUGUGAACAAGGCGCUGGAACAGUUUGUGAAGCCCGAGCAGCUGGACGGCGAGAACUCAUACAAGUGCAGCAAAUGUAAAAAGAUGGUUCCAGCUUCAAAAAGAUUCACCAUACACAGAUCCUCCAAUGUUCUUACACUUUCUCUGAAACGCUUUGCAAAUUUUACCGGUGGAAAAAUUGCCAAGGAUGUGAAAUAUCCUGAGUAUCUUGAUAUUCGACCAUACAUGUCUCAACCAAACGGAGAACCGAUCAUUUACGUCUUGUAUGCGGUCCUGGUGCACACUGGCUUCAACUGCCAUGCGGGCCACUACUUCUGCUACAUAAAGGCUAGCAAUGGCCUCUGGUAUCAGAUGAAUGACUCCAUCGUAUCUACCAGUGACAUCAGAUCGGUACUCAGUCAGCAAGCGUAUGUUCUCUUUUAUAUCAGGUCCCAUGAUGUGAAAAAUGGAGGUGAACUUACUCAUUCCGCCCACAGCCCCGGCCAGUCUUCACCCCGACCAGUGAUCAGUCAGCACGUCAUCAGCAGCAAACCGGCCGCGCCGGGGUUCAUCGGACCGCAGCUCCCCUCGCAUGUGAUGCAGAACCCACCUCACUUGAACGGGACCGGACCAUUGAAGGAGACGCCAAGCAGUUCCCUGUCAAGUCCAAACGGAAGCUCCAGCGUCAGCAGGGCUGGUCCUGUCAACGCUUCGACCUCUGUGCAAAACUGGUCAGUGAGCAGGUCCUCCGUUAACCCGGAACACCCCAAGAAACAAAAAAUCACAAUCAGUAUUCACAACAAGUUCCCUGUCCGCCAAGGUCAGUCGCAGCCCGGCCUUCACAGCAGUGCUUUGGAGAGCCCUGCCAAGCCUGCCCCCUCUUCUACCAUUACCAAUUCUUCCGCAAUACAGUCUACCUCGAGCGCACCUUCCGCGUCGGUCCCCAGUCCGGGCCCGAGGCAGACAGCCCCGAGUGAGUCCUGCUCCAAGCCAGUGAUGAACGGCAAGUCCAAGCUGAACUCGAGUGUCCUGGUCCCCUAUGGUGCCGAGUCCUCGGAAGAUUCCGACGAGGAGGCAAAGGGCCUCGGCAGGGAGAACGGCCUGGGCACGGCUGAGAACGUGCACGCUUCUGCUCAGGACGCUGAGGAGGACCAGGCCCCCCCACUCGAGCUUCGCCAGCCGGUUCCUCUGAAUGGUGCUAACGACAGCGCGGACAGCGACCCGAAAGAAAACGGUCUGUCCUUCGAUGGUGCCAGUUGCCAAGUCCAGCCUGCUCUGCACUCAGAAAACCCCUUUUCCAAGGCAAAUGGUCUACCUGGAAAGCUGAUGCCCGCUCCUUUGCCACCUCUCCCGGAAGACAAAAUCUUAGAGACCUUCAAACUCGGCAACAAAGGGAAAGGCUCCACCGAGGAAGCCAGUGCCGCCGGAACAGAGGGAAGCCCGCAGGUGCGUCUGGAGGCAGGCCGGGAGCCUGGCAGCCCCACCCCUGACUGCCGGGAGAAGCUGGAGACCGCCCCGAGCCUUAGCAGCAAAUUCAAGAAGGCUUUGCCGCUCCCAGACCCCAGCAUCAAAUCUACCAAAGAAGAAGUCUCUGAAAACAUCUCAGCAAAACUUGAGGAGUCUUUGCCCAGCACCGUCCACCUCUGUAAUGCCAAGAACAGCACUGGGGAUGACCACCUUUCUAAACUCUGUGACCCCGGGAACUUAACAGGCGAUCAGAGCAAAGCAUCCCAGGAUGUAACAGGGGCAUUAUCAGAGAGUCCCCAGGACUCGGCAGCAGAGGAAGCCACGGGGAGGUUGAGCCCGAGUCCCUUGGCACCGGCCGAGGACGAUGGCACGCAGGAACCCUCUGUGCACAGUGGCCGAGACAAGGGCACCGAGGGAGGAGAAGAUGCGCCCGAUGGCACGGGGGCACCUGCCAACGAGCUGCCCUCUCCUCCCUUGGACAAGGUCACGGAAAGCCAUUCAGAAGCUGGUGGGGCUCCUGAGCAAAGUUCCGGGGACCAAUGUGAUGAGAAUAAGGCUGGGCAGAAAGCCCAGGAUCAUUCCCCAGUUAAGGAAAAAAUCAGCAACCUCCGAAAAGUUGACCGAGGACAUUAUCGCAACUGGAGAGACCGCUCCUCCAGUGGGGAGCGCCCGAGGGACAGCAGGAGCAAGACAGAGGACCAUUACCACAGGAGGCGACACCCCUACACGCGAGAGCGGGUGCUGCAGGGCCGCUUCCGGGCAGAGCACUGCAGCGGGGGCCCGCACCACCCCUGCCAGCACCACGGCGUGGCCAGGCACCGCCACCACCGCUCCCGGAGUGGAGGCCGGUCCGACCAGGGCUGGGGCACGCACCACCACGCGGAAGGUGGGCACUCUUGGGGCCGGGAGAAGUACUACCCAGACAAGAGGAGGUGGGACAAGUGCAGGUAUUACCACGACAGGUACGCCCCCUACACGGCAAGGGAGGCGUGGGAGUGGAGGCCUCUGCACAGCGACCGAGACUACGACCGUGUGGGUCAGCACGGUGGCCAGCCACACAAGGACUGCUACAGGAGCGGAAAGGGCUACGGGCUGGCCGCCAGGGAGCGGGAGCGGCACCGCUUCGGCAGCCCCCGAGCGGGCCCUCCCCACGCCCCGCCUCCCUGCCCUGAGAAGUACCCCCACGAGAAGACUGCACUGGGACCCGAAGGCAGCAGCCGUCACCUUGCCGAUCAGUUUCAUGAACACCAAAACGUAAAGUCCCGAAAACGACGGUACGAUAGUAUGGAAGACGACGACCCGUACGGAGAAAAGAAAGCCUGGAGAGGCUCGCCGAGGGGCCCUGUGGAAGAACCUAAAGGGAAGAAGCACAAAAAGUCAAAGAAGAAGAAGAAAUCCAAAGACAAACACCGAGAGCGAGAUUCCAGGCACCCGCAGGAUUCAGACCUCUCCGGACCACACUCUGACGUGGACCCCCACAGACACAGGAAGAAGAAGAAGAAGAAGAGGAGACACUCACGGAGAUCUGAGGACUCUGGUCAAGACACGGGACUGCACUCGGCCAAGGCCACCGGCUCGGAGACCGCCGGCCAUCUGCGGGGGGCAGGGGGUCCCCCACUCACCGACAGCCUGCCCCCGGAAGGGGCUGGGCCUCUCCGGGAGAAAAUGAGACACGUCCGGAUGGCCAGCAGGGGUGACCGGCGUCAUCUGUCAGAGUGUGGCCAGGGUGACUGAAGACUCAGCCUCAAAACCAGGACGUCACUAGUCAUGAUUCAACAUGUUCAACAGAAGCCAUCCCCAGCCCAGCUUAAAUUAUAAAUAUAGAAAAUAACCUUGUUCAAA